AUGAAGCAGGCUGGUUCCAUCCUCGCCCUCGCCGGGCUCGUCUCCCUUGCCCAGGGUCACGGUUUCGUCACCUCCCCUCAGGCCCGUAUGCCCGGUAGCGCCAUGGAGAAGGCCUGUGGCCAGCAAGUGUACAACAACCAGGAGGCCGACAACUACGGCAACGUGCAGGGUGAGCUUCAGAUCGCCUCGGGCCAGAGCGACUACGACGCCGACGCCUGUGACAUCUGGCUCUGCAAGGGUUACAAGUACGCCGACAACAAGGACAACGUCUACUCGUACAAGGCCGGUGAGACCGUCGAUUUCACCGUCGACAUUCGCGCUCCUCACACCGGUACCGCCAACGUCUCCGUCGUUGACACUGCCUCCAACACCGUCAUCGGCUCUCCCCUGAUCUACUGGAGUGUCUACGCCUCCACCUCUACCGGUGUCACUGCCAACGAGACUAGCUUCAGCGUCACCAUCCCCGAUGACCUCGGUGACAAGUGUACCGAGGGUGGUGCUUGUGUUCUUCAGUGGUGGUGGAACGCUGCUUCCAUUGACCAGACUUAUGAGUCUUGCAUUGACUUCACUGUUGGUGGCUCUGGCUCUUCUUCUUCCUCUUCUUCGUCUUCUUCUUCUUCUUCUUCCGCCGCUGCCAGCCAGCAAACUACCACCACUGCUGCCGCCGCCGCUGUCACUACCCCUAGCACCGCCAACAACGUCGCUCCCGCUUCCUCCAGCGUCCCUACUACCCUCGCUACUAGCGUGAAGCAGAGCGCUACCGUCGCCCCUGUUGCUGCCUCUAGCGCUGCUGCUGCUGCUUCUUCCUCGGGUGUUUCCAUCCCCACUGAUGGUACCGCUGAGGAGCAGCUCACUUGGGUUGCUAGCCUGCUUAAGGCUCUUCUUAAGUACGCUAACUAA